AAGACGGUAGUAAACGUAACGCCUCCAGUUCACGAACCGCAUAUCAAUCACUUCAAUACGGAACCCAAACAUUUCUUGUGUAUAAAAGUGGCGACUCUGCGUUUCAUGACAUAUAAGGAUUUUGAAAAAUGGUGAUUCAGAGUCCGGCACUAUUAGAAAAGUAAUCACAAUGGGAUUCAAGCACCUUAGCGUCCUUGUGUUGCUCUUUGUCCUACUGAACCCUACGGAAUGUUGGUUUGUUAAAAAGGCACUUAAGAAACUGGGAAGACAUAUCAUGAAAAGCAUCGUUCCUGCUCCUAAACCUAUACCAUGGAACAAUCCUCGCAUCUAUCCUAAUGAACGUUAUCCCGGUCUCCCUGGUCUCGUAAUCAAUAAUGAUCAUAAUGAUGCGAUAAACAAGCUUGGAUGUAAACUCCUGUUUGGCAUCGCUUGCCCCGCGGCCAUCGGUGCUGUUGAAACGGCUCUAAGUGCGGCGUCCACUGGAACGGCUUCAAUUAUCGUCGGCGCAGCUGCUGGUAUCGGUCAAAAUGCUUGCCGCGUUAGAAAGAGGAGGUGCAAGAGGAGUGUUAGAAACGGCGUGGAGUUGCUGGCGUUCUCAGACGACUUUAGGGACUACGAUAUGAAUGGUGACAAGCGUAUUGAAUAUGAGGAGUUUGUGUUCACCGUCAUGAGGACAGUGGAGUUGGCAGAGCCGUUGGAGCUGAGGGAACCGUUCAACUUCGCGGACUUUAAUCUGGAUGGGGAGCUCAAUACAGAUGAGUUUAAUGGAGCGCCUUUCCUCUUUGCCCAUGCUUAUUACCACCAAUUUAUAAAGGAUGAAGCGCCAGCAAACGCCACCUCUUUGGAAGUCAACACCGCCGCAUAAUUAUGAAUUAUGUCUAUUAGAAUUUGAAUGUAUUCGAUGCCUUCAGGGGUCCCGUUUUAAUAAAAAGUGUAAGGCUACAAAUCGCAAAUUCCAUCGUACCCAGUUUUGGGCACAUUCUGCGUUUCAAAAGAAUGUCGUAAAUCGUAAGAACUUUUAUUGGAUAUAUUAUAUCCUUAACUUUACGGAUAUUCCCGAGCACUCUAAUGCAGCGUAAGGUUUACGCCUUAUAUAUCAUAUUAAAACAGGGCCCAUUAAAAGUAUCAACAAUACCGUAAAAACUCCAUGGAUAAGCCUAAGUCCAGAAGCCAACAAUCAAUUAGGGGUCGUUUCAAUGAAGGAGUUAAGCCGUAAUAAAAAUAACCUUAAAUCUGUAUAAAGUGGCAAAAAUAAAUUUUAUAAUUAUAUAUUAAUGUCCUCUACUUAUAUUCAUUUUAUAUACUGACUUAAGUUGGUUCAAUCAAAUAUUUAGCAAAAUAAUGAACAUAUAACACUAAGGUAAUUUCAAAUAACGACAAAAAUAGACGGUCCCUAUAAACGGCCCGUAUAAAGUCACAAGUCUUAGGCCUUAAACUAUAAACGUAUAACACUAUUUAUACGCAAAAAGAAACAGUGUGCUUAGAAUGUUCCUGUUAUAAGGAAUAUAAAAAUGUUUGGUAAAUUGCUUAUUUUUUAUUUAUUCUAUGUGUUUAUAAUACUCACAUAGCUUACCACAGAUAAUGGAUGCAUUUACCUUUUUGUUCUUUUUGCGCAUGAGUUUCAUUUUUUAUUUGUUGGUUUGUUGAAUAAAAUGAAUCUGAUUGAAGAUG